AUGGACACUCUCGAUUACCAUAACCUGCGCAACUGUGCCAUUGAUAUCAUAAUUGGCAUGCUCGGGCUCUACUACUUUGUCGUUUAUCUGCUACUAUUUUUGAUUUUCCAUUUUCCUUCAACUCAAGAGUCGAUCCCAUAUGCCCUGGCAGUCAUCGCCUUUGGUGGCGGAAUCGCUUUGUGGCAUUUAUGUGUUGUCAUCCAAAAUGGUUUCUGUGUGCUCCACAACAAAACAAAGACAAAAGAGCAAGUCUCAUUGUGGUUUGUUGGUCUGUUCCUCAUUUGGACCUCUGCUCUUCCGACGGUCGCGUUUCUCUUUCCAGCCCAACCAUUGCUACGACUUGGAUACGCUUCAGCCUUCACCGUAAUCGUUGUUGGAAGCCUCCCUGACGGCUACCUCAAAGAUAACACGGUAUCCUUUCGUGGUCGAUUCUGCCAGUAUGCGCCAGUGGGCCUAUUGGCGUUGGUGCCCACCAUUCAUGCAUUGGCCGAACCACUCCACGAUCCCUCCCCACUGGCCACUGCAUUCGGUCGACUGCUGCUCAUCAAUUUCUUCGGUUAUGUUUUCUACAUUUGUCGUCCUCUUGAGAGAAUUGGCUUGGCGCGGAUUGGGCAGCCCAGUCUACACGGCAUGUACUUGGUUUCAACAUACAGCCUCGUGGAGUAUUCCAAAGUUGUCAUGCAGGUAGCGAUCCCUUACAUGUCUUGA